AUGCGACUCUUGCUGUCGUUCCUGGCCGCGAGCGUUGCGGGCGCGGCCGACAUGCCCGUCUUGCCGCCGCCGCCUCUUCCACAUAGUGCUCACAAGGCCGACAAGGACUUUACCCUGCGACACAUCUUCCACCACGGCACCUACAGGUAUCCCGAGCUUCACCGUCGCAUCGACGUCCCAGAACAUGCCGCAGUAUGGACGGCCGGAGACGAGGACGCGGCCAGGCGCGAGCCUGUGCCGCGGUUGCGCGUCAGGUCCGAGACCAUGAGCAUACAGAGACUGGCAGAUAGGAGCAAGGAAACCAUCACUGGCAUACUCGAGUGGGGGAGAAGGACCGGGAGAGGCGUGCAGUUGCCCGAAGAGGACUGGACAAUCGACGACAUAGCAGGCCCCAACGUCACCGACCGAGAGACAGUCCUAAGCUUCGCACGCAUGGCCUCGGACGCCUACAUACUAGAGCCCGGCACGGGGGAGUGGGAGGAUGUCGGUGGCGGCUUCAACUAUACUGAAGACUUCGGCUGGGAAUCAGACGGUCUGCGAGGCCACAUCUUCGCCGACACCGAGAACUCGACCGUCGUCAUAGGCUUGAAGGGCACCUCGCCCGCCAUGUUCGAUGGCUCCGAGACGACUACAAACGACAAGAUCAACGACAACUUGUUCUUCAGCUGCUGCUGCGGCCAGGGCGGCCAGUACUUGUGGCGACAAGUCUGUGACUGUCAAACCUCGGCCUUCACCUGCAACUCUACCUGUCUCGUCACUGCCCUUCGCGAGAAGAACCGCUACUACUACGCUGCACAGGAUUUGUACCACAAUGUCACAGCAUUAUAUCCCGAUGCCGAGAUCUGGAUGGCCGGCCACUCUCUCGGCGGUGCCGUGUCGUCUUUCCUCUCCCUCACCUUUGGACACCCUGCAGUCACUUUUGAAGCCGUCCCAGAAGCCAUGCCGGCGUCGCGUCUGGGUCUUCCGGUACCACCAGGCCACCAGAUUGGCUCGCUGCAGCAGCGCAAGUUCACUGGUGGCUUCCACUUUGGACACACCGCUGAUCCCAUAUACAUGGGCGCAUGCAACCAAGCCACCAGUGCUUGCACAAUUGGCGGGUACGCUUUGCAGAGUGUCUGCCAUACUGGGCACAAGUGUGUAUAUGAUACAGUCAAAGACUUUGGCUGGCGUAUGGGUAUUGGCACCCACAAGAUUGUGGAAGUCAUUCGAGACGUUAUACUCAAGUAUGAUGCACCGCCCAAGUGCGAAGCCUACGUCGACUGUACUGAUUGCUACACCUGGGAGUAUUUUGAGAGCAACGGCACCGAGACGACUACCAGCAAGAGCUCAAAGCCAACAGCCACAUUGACGUCAACUAGGUCUAGUCGCACGCGAACUGAAACAUGCAAAACGCCAGGAUGGUGGGGAUGUCUCGACGAAUCUACAACCAAAGCACACAGCAAGACCACAAUUACGACGACAUCAUCAACCUCCAUAUGUAAGACGCCCGGUUGGUUCGGCUGCAAAGACGAGACGACUUCUACUACGACCAUGACAAUCACUACCACGCCCGCCCCAGCACCUACUGUGACAACCACGUCGUCGACGCCCACAUCUACUUCGUCGUGCAAGUAUCCAGGCUGGUUUGGUGGAUGCCUUGACGGCGAUGAUCCGCCUGCGAAGACACAUCAUACACCCAAACCAACCCCGACAGCUACCUCCGCAAGCACGUCGUGCACUUCUGAAGGCUUCUUUGGUCUUAUAUGCUAUGACAAGUCAAAGAAGCACGGGAAGACGAGUUCCAACCCGCCAGUGACUGAACGGAUGGAGAUGUAG